CUUCAGCCGCCCCGCGAGACCUCAGUCCCUGUGACAGAGCAGAACGUGUGGUCUGCGCUGGCUCUGCAGCAGAGGAGGCCCCUGGCAGGGGACAGGAGGUCACCAGCAAACCUUCGAGGGGUCUGUCACAUCCCCUGUUCUCAUGCUGGCAGCCAUCGGUGCAGCUCUUGUUUGGUUCCACGUUGUUCCCUUUUGAUGCUCGUGUCUGAAGUAUCUCGUGUGCUGUAUGAUGUGACCUGGGAUUGUCCUGUGCUUGUGUUUGCUUCUUCCUAACCUUGUGUUUGGAUCUGAAACCCACUGACGUUUCCUAAUUCUCAGUUUUGAGAGGUGCUCAUAUCAAACACAGAUGUGUCUGGAGAAGACAUCCUCAGUGAUGAUCUUAGAGUACUUGGAUGUAGAUGUUAAGAGAGACUUUCUUUUGUUCAAAAGAAGCAUAUACUAAGAAGUUGUUAAUGGUGUUCUGCUCCACAAAGUGACAAUAUUAGUGUCUUGAGGGUGGUUUUCAUUGCAGGUUUUUAAUUCAGACAAUGGGUUUCUUUUUCGUUAUGUGCUGCCAUGAUGAUAAAAACUUGCCGAUCACUUGCUUGAUGUUUCCCUCCACCAUGUGCUACAAGGACAGUCUUGCUGUGAAUCUUCUCCUCAGAGAUGUUUUCUUUAAGUGUCUUGAUUCCGUAGAGGCUCUUCAAACAGUUUAUUAUGGUAAAUACCUUUCCGUAGGCAUUGGUUUGUGGAUUCUUGUGCCUCUCUAGACUUCAAGUGACAUGAAGCACUAACUCAAGGUUUCACUGGAGCUUAAAAGCCACUCCAUGUAGAACUUCCAGCUCUCUUCUCUUUCGAGCCAUUGUCCAGGUGUUUCCAAAUAAAAUAUCUUCCUUGGCAUGUGUGUGAGCGGGAGGCCAGGGAUGCAGAUCUGAACACGUCUCUUUUGUUAUGCUCUCUGCAUAUGCCCACAGGUGCUGAUCUGCAGAAGCACAGCGAGUGCCUCCAGCUCUUUAUUUGGGUCAUCACUUAGAAGAUAAACAUAAGGCUGCGUGGGAAGGUGCCAUCCUGCUGUAUUUCAGGGCUUGAAGUUUGCAAAGACUGUGUUACCUCUGUGGUGCACAACAAUGGGGUUUAGCCAGUGAGUUUUCUUCCUAAAAAGACAGAGAUGAGUCCUGGCAGGUUCUUGCAGGACCUGUAGGGUAAUUCUGCAGUUGAGACGCUGCGUGAUACACCAUGAAGCAGGGAUCCUAAUGCCCCUGAUGCCCAGCUCUGCUGCAGAGCUGUUCAAGCUCAAAGAAGUGACUGUGUCUCAGCCGUGCAGUGGGGUAAGAUGGGCCAAAAGCCCGACUGGCGGGGCUUGGACGUUGCAGUUGGAAAACCUGGGUGGUAAAUCUGAGCCUGCCUUGGGCUGGGCAUUAUGCACUGGUAGGAGACCAGCAGCAAACAGGGGCCUGGAUUCACUUCUCAGCAUCUUUGUUUCAGGAGGACUUGGGUUCUCUUCUGUCUGUACAGACAGGCAUUAGCUGGGGCAGAGGUGGUGCCCCCCUGCUUUUUCCUUCUGUCUUGGGUGAUACACAUGAGCAGAAUAGCUUCCAUAAGAGAGGGUUGCAUUUCAGAGCAUCCUCAGGCCUCACUUGUACAACGCUUGCCUGAAUCUAAUCCUUAAGGGUUUCUUUGUUCAAAGCUUCUCUACAGGCUCCGUCAGGAGGCAGGAAUGCUGCUGCUGUUGUCAGCGAGGUAGUGUAAGGUGUUCCUUGGGCAGUUAGUCUGAAAUUUGGUCUCUUGAGUUCUGUUGCAGCACUUAGACCAUGCUGCCUGCUCGAGCCUCCUGUGGAGUUCAGAUUCUGCUGCAGGUUUCCUUCAUGGUAAGGAAGGUGGGUGGCUUCUUACCAGGUUCAGUAAUUUCAUAGUAAGUUUCUUUAGCCAAGAGAACUUUUAGGAGUCAUAAUGAGGGGAACCAGCAAGGUGUCUGAUAUGACUUUAGUAACGUAUUACAGCCUUUUUCUGAAGUGGAACUACUGGAAUGCAAACACAUAGUUAGAAGGAGCUGAAGAGGCCUAUGGUAGGCUUCUGUCAGAUUUCACAGCUAUGAAGAGACCUAAGGACAGAAUUGCAGCAGCGGCUGCGUGUGGUCAUCUUGAAUUGUACAUGGGUGAAUGUGAAGGUCAGAAACACGUGGUUGAUCCCGACGUGCCUUUCAGGAGGCUGAGGACGUUGCCUCCAGGCAGAUGAACUGCUUCCUGCAGUCUGAAGGAGGCACUUGCAGAGGUCAGCAUCCGUGCCUGCUCAGGCCUGUCUUCCCUGGCUGCUUUUCCAGCUGAUGGUAGGACUGGCUGGAAUUGUUCUCUAGAGGUUUCCAUGGCUUCCUGCCGGCUAUAGGAGCUCUUGAAGAUGAGCUCUUUACUACCAUAAAGCCUGUCUGAGAAGAUACCACAGUUUCCUCCCCUUUGUGUCUUCACUACGACGUGCUUGAUCAGGCCACGAUUCUUUUCCUUCAUCAGUCUUAUCCUAAACAAUUUGUAACCUGAUUAGCCACAAAGAAGCAUUAUCCCUGCUUUAGGGAUAGCAGAGCAGGGGUCAGCAGUGGUCUGAGGAUACCCAUCCCUGUCAGGUGUCAUUCAACAUUGGCUGGGGCUGGAAGCACCCCUGACAAGGAAGAUGUAGAUUCUUUUAUGAAACAGCCUGGAAAUGAGACAGCAGAUGUAGUUCUUAAGAAGUUGGAUGAGCAGUAUCAGAAGUAUAAAUUUUUGGAACUUAAUCUUGCUCAAAAGAAAAGGAGGCUAAAAAGUCAGAUUCCUGAAAUUAAACAGACAUUAGAAAUUUUAAAACACAUGCAGAAGAAAAAGGAUUCCACAAAUCCAAUGGAAACCAGAUUUUUAUUGGCAGAUAAUCUCUACUGCAAAGCUUCAGUUCCUCCUACAGAUAAAGUUUGUUUGUGGUUGGGGGCCAAUGUGAUGCUUGAAUAUGAUAUUGAUGAAGCUCAGGCUCUGUUAGAAAAGAAUUUGUCAACAGCCACAAGAAACCUUGAUCUUCUAGAGGAAGACCUGGAUUUUCUUAGAGAUCAGUUCACCACUACAGAAGUCAAUAUGGCUAGAGUUUAUAAUUGGGAUGUAAAGAGAAGAAACAAGCAAGACCCUUCCAAAAACAAAGCAUAGUUUUGCCAAUUUUAAAUGUGGUUUCAAUUUCCAAGUAUUUUUUAUUUAAACACCCCCAAAGUUCAUUCUCAAGGGACUGAGUUACUUUAAGCAUUUCAGUAAAGGGUAAAAUAUAUACAAACUAAUGGUGACCACCAUUUUAUUUAUUUGUAAACUCAAAAUUUGGUUUCAUGCAUGCUUCAUGAAAGGAAUUAUUUGAAAAGGCACCACAGAGUCCAGCAAAGGACAGAGUAUUUUGAUCAGACCAGUCUGUCAUAACUAAAUUUCUACCUGAGAGCUUGUCUGAGAAGUUGAGGGGCAUGUGUGAAACGAGUCUGGCAUUCGAGCAGGGGUUUACUUUUUCAUCUCUGUGUACAGAUGAUGGAGUUAAAGGUGACUUGGGCUGGGAGACAUGCAGCUGUGAUGUUCUAGGAAACAGAGAAAAUAGAGUGAAGUCUUGGAUUUUGUUUCAGUCAGUUAACGGGCAGCAUCACUUGGUGACAUUCCCAGAGAUCCACAGUGGAUAAAUGUGGUUUUAUUAACAACGGGUUAGUUAACUGCCUGUUACUGAACUCUCAGCACUUUGCACACAAGACUUUGUGACCUCCCUGCAGAGAGGAGUGGUGAACGAGCAGCACAGGCUGUGUCAGGACUGCAGGUGAUCUCUCCCCUUCGUUUUCGUACCUAUGCACACGCUGCCGACCUUUACAAACGCCUUGAACAAGGACCCAAACCACUGGUAGCCUGUAAAGAACCCCCACUUCUGAUCCCUUAGACAAGAUGGGUUACCCCUCUCAGCCUCCCAGGGGUGAAACCUGUAUUGGGUAAGGGUGGGUUAGUGAGGCCCGAUUGCUGGUGUCAACAGUUGGAGUCUUUAUUGGGGUCUUCCGGCGCCUUGCGAGAUUGUUGCCUUUUACCUCUGCAGUUUCUUUCUAAACUGAAAUGCUCAGUGGUGAUGUCAGUGGCUAAAUAUUCACAUUCUGUGACUGAGAAUACAGGUUUCGCUGCAAAAUAAAUGCAAAUGUUAACUGUUCGGUCUUCAUGUAAGAAACAAUAUACCUGUAAAUUUUUUGUACUUUUAUUUCAUGAUAUUAAAAUAGUAAAACUAAGCAGUUGUGGCAAACAGCUGGUUUUGUGCAUCUUUCUUGGUGAGGAAUCACAAAUCUGAUGUGUGAUUUUUUUUUUUUUGUUUCCCCUCCUUUAAUGGGUGGAGGUGGUGUGAAAAAAUGCAGUUGAAGCAGCAGAGAUGAGAAGUGGAGCUGCUGAAUAGCGGCUCAGAUGAAACGGGAGUGUGAGUCAGCACAUCUGAAUUAGUGAUCCGACAGCUCGGUGGCUGUGCCAGAGCUGCAGGGACAGGCAUAACCCAGGGACAUCCUUACCACCAGGUGCAGGAAGCACCUGGGCUUGGCUCAUCCGUACCUGUCCUGCAGGGAGAUGCUGUUUGUUGCUGUGGCUCCGGCUGUGGCAGAGAAACGUUUGGAUCAAAUGCGUUCUGUGACUACCAGGUACGUGGGGCUGCCAGGCUUGGCUGGGCCGGGGGCUGCUCAGCCCACAGGCUGCUGCGCUCCCCUGGUUAAGAGCGUCAGCACUGACGGGCAGGGCAGCUGCAAACACGUCCUGCUUUCUCUUGCAAUUUUCUCUUCAAUUUGGAUUAAUGAGCUCCCAGCAGGCCAAAGCACGCUCCCGCUGGCUGGUCCUCGGGCAGCAGCGCCUGCCUGUGCUGGGCACAAUGAGAUGAUGGGUUAAGUGCUUCUGCAGGAGCAAAUAUGUACUGUGUGCAGCUGACAGAGCCCUAAUGGUGACAGCGCUGGAGCUGGGGCUGCUUAGUUGGUUCAAAAGAGAUCAGGCUUGGGACUGGGGUAGGAGAUGGCUCUGGCCGUAGUGGUUUGGGUGUUUGUCUGAUGUGAAUUAAGUAAACCCCCAAACCUCAUAGCCAAGAAGUCAAUCUUCCCUAUGACUGACCCUUGUCCAGCAUCGCUCUGCCCUUUGCUGUCAAGUCUUUGCUAGUCCGAGGGUGAGCAGAAGGUCAGCGUGUGGCAGCUGCCUUAGCUGUGGUGCCACUACUGCUGCCCGGGGGCUGAGCCUGGGUUUGGCUACUACUGACGGGUGCAAGGGGUUGGUUUGGGGUUUGGUUUUAUGGCUGCUGUUGCCAAGAGUACUUGUUUAUUGUUGAGCCAGCCCACGUUAGCUUUUCCCUUACACUGCGCUAUAGAAGUGCAGGACGUAGGCAACUUACAGGUAAAGAACAGAGGAGAGGGAGGAAAGAAAAACCCCACCAAAGUUUCUUUACAAGUUUUGAAUUUCACAUUAUCACAUAGUAACCAUUUUGCUAAAUACAAGCAUGUUUUCAAUCACAUACAGACAGCUAAAUACAGCAGUAUUUUCACAUUUCAUUACAGUGCAUAACAGAAAGCGGAAAGUGUAUCGUACGCUUUUAUUCCAGAGGGUCUGAGCAGUUGCAAUCUAACAUGCAGAUUGGUUUUAAUGUGUGGUACAGACCACAGAAAGUAGCUUUCUCUUAGGUUUUUUCACUCUUUUUGUCCUAGAGUAAAAGAGCUCCUGACCUUUGUCCUGUGAAAGGUGUCACCUGCUGAUUUCUCUAAGCCCCUCUUGCACUAGAAGUCAAAGCAUUAAAACCAGUUGUUAGAAAAGAAUUCGUAGCAUAUCCUAUAAGUAAGUUCUUCAUCUUAGAAAAAACAUUCCAAAUUUUGUACAGAUGAAUCUACAUUUCCUAUAUUUUAAUAAGCUGUCUAGAAAAUGCAAGGAAUUAGAAAAAAGAUGUAGAUAAUGAUUUCUCUAUCAUUUAAUAUAACCAUUUAUUACCUCUAAGUAGUUAAGACCACGUACAUUUUCUUCUGCACUGUUCCUCUUUAGAAUCAUGAUCCUUGUAUUUUUAAAUAGAAGACUUACUCUGGAGGCCUGAAUGCACUUACUGAUGUGGGCUUUCUGGAAUUUCUCUCUGGGAGCAGUAAAGGGGAAUGUCCAAAACCUAUUAAAUAAAACAGUGGUUGUCUCAGGAAAAAUGAUCUUUCUCAUACUGGCCAGGUUUGUGCACAGCAAAUUACAGGGUUUUACUAUUGCUAAAGCACCAUUUGAUCCAGCUGCUCACCGCUGUUAGUGCAGCACCCUCAGGGAGGUGUCCCAGGACACAACCGGUGAACGGCUGGACCCUGAAACACCAAAUUGGUUUCUUGGUGGACUUUCCAUUCUGAGAAAGAAGAACUGCCCCUUCUGCCCUUGUCUGCCCUUGCUGUUGGGCAAAUAGGACUAACAGACCCAUCCCAGCAAACCUUGUGCUCUCCGCUGGUGUCAGCCCGUGGGAGCCCAGGGCAGCCAAGCUCCUGUGGCGCGCUCUGCAGCCAUCGGCUCCAGCUUUGCUUACCUAGAAAGACAGUUUGUAAAGGGAUUUUUUUGUUGUUGUUGUUUUUUAAUCUUCAGGGUAUUCAAUUUGACCACAGCUGAAUCUGCCUUUAGCACAAGGUUUCUGAUGUGGUUGUAGCCUAUUCAAGAGCGACCAGGGGUUAGAAGUGAGACGCUUACUGCAAGGUGCUGAUCCAGUGCCACCCCUCCCUUCCUCCGACCUCCUACCAGUGCCCCCCAGCAGGCACAACACUGCUGCUCCCCUGCAGAGCCCAGGGACUGAACCUGUUCCUAGAACACUGAAAAUAAAAACAUUACUCAUGUUCAGUGGUUUGGUUGUUGAGUUUUGGGGUUUUUGUACAGCUUUGCUAUGGAAACCACAGAGGUGUUUAUUCGUACAGACCAGCCCAUGUGCUGCAAACUGUGAGAACAGGUUCAAAGGGAGACAUAGCCUGAACCCAACAGCAAUGAAGGCGGCCCACACCUUUAUAGACAGGGUAGCUUAAAAGCUGUAAAUAAGUAUUUUAUUCUUCCCUAUUUAGAGGCCUAAAAUCAAACACUAGAUGCUUCCUGUGGUUUUACCUAAUCCCUCUCUCCUGCCCAUUAGCAGGUUGGUGUAUAAAGCUUGCAAACUCAAGUGGAAAAACAGUUCUAUUUGCUUUUAAUAGGCUGAACUUCCCUCCUUUGCUGUGAGAGCACAGUUACCCUGCUGCCCUUCAAAAGCUGAAGUUAAAACUUCUUAGAAGCAAAGCUUCUAAAUGGUGAAUGGCAUACCCGGAAAACAUCUGCCUACAUGUAGCUUUUGUAGCAUGGCUACCACCCCGUAACGACCAACCUGAGAUGGAUCCUCUUUUGCCAAAUUAAAACAUGGAGGAAAACAAAUUCUACUCGAGCUCAUCUUGUGGCUUUCCUUUCCACCUGCUCAGACACUCCUGGUGUGUGCUCCUCCUUCCCAGCGCUAGUUUCUUUUCUUCCACAGAUGCCAAGAAAGAAAACGACACUUUAACAGCAGAAAAUAGUGAUGGAAGCUGUUGCCUUCUAUGCUAUUUAACUGCUUUAAAAACAAAUCUCACCUUUUAGGAUGUCUGAUGCACCUGAGUUAAGCUUUUCAAGUUUUUUUGUUGUUUGUUUCCCCCGUCUCCCCCUUUUCCAUUCCUCCUUGUGACCUGGCUGGUAAGACACCCAAAAAGUCAGCACACUGCUGUUAGCAAGAGAGAAAUGUUGGUGUGUCCCACCUGGCUGCAACACCCCUACAUAUGAGGUUACAUAUGUACCUACAACAUAUGAGGUUCUCUCUAUGCUCCUGACCACCUAAUCCUACCGGAAAGCCCUGAACUCUGGGUACAUUCAAGGUACUCACCUAGGCAGUAAAUGUGUGUAAAAAUGCACUGAAUAAUUCCUACUGGAGCAGUAGUUGCUACUUAAGAGUCCCAGUUCAGCACAGCAAGAAAAGCACUGUUGGGGAGGGGAAUAAUUUAAAUGUUAAUUACCAGUCAGAGAACUACUGUUUUCCUCUUUAAAUCCCACAGAAUAUUCUUUGCUAUCAAACUAGGUUCAAGAAUGUAAGAAAGAAAAUUCAGAAGUGUGCACACCAUGUCAGUAAGCUUCUCCUGUGGAGUUUGCCUUAUGAGGAAACAGUAUCUGUGCUGCCUUUACACCCUCCUGGUAAUAAACAGCUGACACAAUGGAA